AUGUCUAACCAGGAAAAACGUCUCGCUAAUGAAAAUAUAAUAAGCUCGAAUUCCGACGAUGAGUCCAGUCGCACAGACCAAGUAGGUCAUAUCGAAGACGAAAAACAAGUAUGGUGGAAGCGCGUGCUGAGGGCGAUAGAAAUCCAGCAGUCUACAUCCAACGAAACUAUCAAAGAGACAUUUCUGUUCAAUCAUGACUUGAAGCCGGUAGAAAGCAAGCGCCGUGUGUGGUCGUGGUUCAACUUCGUAUAUUUCUGGAUUGCAGACUGCUUCAAUAUCAACACUUGGCAGGUGGCAGCCACGGGUCUGCAACUGGGUCUCAGCUGGUGGGAAACGUGGAUCACGGUGUGGAUAGGUUACUCGCUGGUCGCGGUUUUUGUCGUGAGCGUGUCCAGAAUCGGGUCCGUCUACCACAUUUCGUUCCCCAUCACCGCGAGAGCGUCGUUCGGUAUUUUCUUCUCCCUCUGGCCCGUGUUAAACCGUGUGGUAAUGGCCAUUGUGUGGUAUUCCGUGCAAACGUGGAUUGCCAUGUCUCCAGUGUCGCUAAUGUUGAAAAGUAUCUUCGGAAACGAUCUUCCCAACCGCAUUCCCGACCAUAUUGGCAGUCCCAACGCGACCACGUACCAGUUCAUGUGUUUUUUCAUUUUCUGGGUGUGCCAACUGCCCUUCGUGUAUGUCCAUCCACACCAAAUUCGUCAUUUGUUCACCGUGAAAGCGGCUUUGGUUCCUUUUGCGGCGUUUGGCUUUCUGAUCUGGGCUUUGAAGAAGUCCCAUGGUCACAUUGCGCUCGAAUCGCUGGUCCAGGGCCCUGCUUUGACCUCUAGCGAACGUGGCUGGGCCUGGAUACAGUCCAUCCUAGCGUGUGUUGGUAAUUUCGCCACAUUGAUUGUCAAUGCCCCAGAUUUCUCCCGUUUUUCCAAGACCAAACUCUCUGCCACCUACUCCCAGGCUUUCUCCAUUCCGUUUUUCUUUGCCAUCACUUCUCUGAUUGGAAUUUUAGUCACCUCUGCGGCCUACAAGAUUUACAACAUCAACUACUGGUCACCACUGGACGUUCUAGACAGGUUCUUGGGCGACGGGUUUACCAAGGGCGAGCGCGCAGGCGUAUUCCUCAUUUCCUUUGUAUUUGCCAUUGCACAGCUAGGUACGAACAUUAGCGCUAACUCUUUGUCUGCUGGUACAGACAUGACUGCUCUGUUGCCCAAAUACAUCAGCAUCAGACGCGGUGGGUUUAUCUGUGCUGCUCUGGCCCUGUGCAUAUGUCCUUGGAACCUUCUUUCAAGCUCCAGCAAGUUCACGACGGCAUUGGGUGCUUAUGCCAUCUUUUUGAGUUGCAUUGCCGCUGUAAUGGUCGCCGACUACUAUGUGGUCCGGAGAGGCAAGCUCGACUUGCAACAGCUGUACUGUGCAGACAAGCACAUUUCCGUCUACAUGUAUGGAAACCGUUUCGGCGUCAAUUGGAGGGCUCUCGUGGCCUAUUUGGCAGGAAUUGUUCCUAACAUGCCUGGAUUUGUGGGAACCGUGGGCGACAACAUACACGUUCCUAUGGGUGCCAUCAAACUUUACUAUCUCAACUAUUUGGUCGGGUUUUCCGUGUCAUUUCUGGUGUACGUUGCCUUGUGCCAUUAUUUCCCUGUUCCUGGCGCCCCAGUCGCCAACAUCCUUCGCAAGAGCGAAUGGCUGGAAUCCUUCCAGGACGUGGAGUAUUUCCACGAAGAGAGAGACACAUUCUACAGCGAAAAUGGUCUUAAUGCUGUUUCUUCGAGAAUUGGCGAAAAUGAAGAGGACCCUGCUCUUGCCUUCACCAUUCGCAGUCGCGUGUCACUAGUGGGAAAGCAGUAA